AUGGCAAGUCAAUUCACAUCAACCCCGCCUCCAAUUACAGUUUCGAUCAAUUUAAACCCUACAGUAAGCCCUAAUCUCGCCACCAGUAGAUGCACAAACAACAGUACUAGCAACGAAGGUAGCAGUGAUAACAUGGAGACACGAGGACCAAUUAAUCAAUUCGGCUGGAUCUGGAGCUGGACAGGCCAGCCAGCCACGCUCUGGGCUAAUCGAAGAAGAGUAGGAGAUAGGAGUGGCGGAGGCGGCACUCAUGCAGGCAGCCGAAUAAUUGAACUGAGUGAGGCCGACAAGAGAGCCACAGUUAAUUUCACAGAACAGGUACUCGGCCAGGACGGCGUUUUCGUACUACGUUUAGUCGAGUUAAACGUCGGCCGGCCAAUGGCUACACAAUUAGUUGAGAUGAUUUGGAAUCGAUAUCGCUAUGCUACAUGCGUGAUGCGGGCGCAAACCGGAAGCAAGCAAGGUUUUGCAGUUCUUCCAGCAACUUCGUGCCCACCGUUGCCACUACGUCAACAGUUAAAAACAGAAGAGACACCUCUACCUCCACCACGACUUAAGACAAUGCAGAAAUCAGUUGAAGAAACGGAGGUGGAGGCAAUUUUUCCCAUGCCGCCCCCUCCAACACCAGAUGCAUACCAACCGGAAAGCAACACCCACCACCAGCAAGUAUAUCUAAAUCAUCGGAGCCGGCAUGGAAGCCAGGGGCAGACACAGACUUCUCGAGGCGGCGGAAUGGGUUGCUGGCUUCGAAAGGCUGGAAUGAUAGCUGAUAGUCUAAACAACUCAGCUUCAUCGCGAUCUGAAUACGACAUGGAGCCAAGGCUAAGACACAGGGGCUUAGAAUACCGGCAUCGCCAUCAUAGUUCAGCAAGGUCUUCCUAUGGUGAUAGACGAUCAGAUGACAUGCGCACAAGAAAUUCGUGGGAUAGGGAGAACUUUUAA